CACAGCUAAACCCCGAUCGUCUCAUUUUUUCUUCAACCUUCAAAUUCUGCAGGGAAAAAAAAAGCACGACCAAGCGAUUGCCUUCUUACAAUAUUCUUGAUUGUCCUUUCGUAUCCUUCCCACCAUUGUAUUUAUAACAACAGCCACGGCAUCAUGGUCCACUCCAACAUGGCGAACACUUUGCUACUACUCCUCAGCGCGUUGCCCGUGAUCUUUGCCCAAGUCCACCAAGAAGUUGUCGGCUUGCAAUCGAAUGUGAUUGUGAUUGAACUACAAAAUCCCGGGCGUCCUCUACGAGCCGUCACUUCCGAUCGCGGUACGGCCUGUUCCGAGCAAGUAACGGAUCGCUUGGCGUUGGAAAUGUACGGUUGGUGGCACGAUGAGUUGCAGGACAUUUUUGGCAAAGAGAAUUUCGAGUUGGGCGUUCUCCGGCCCGUCACGGCGGCCGCCACAGCUUCGGGUAGCAAUCAAGGUCCAGUCACUUUGGAGGCCACUUUUGACUGCAAAGUGUGUGGUCAGAAGCAGUGGACGACGGACAAGUCGAUUCACAACGUGGCCUCUCUACUGCAGUGGUUCACGCAACACAUGAUGGAGGAAUGGCUGACGGAGAAUAUCGAUAUUGUCGAGAUUACCAGCUGUAUGGGUCCGAUGGAUCAAAUCGAGGCGGUUCUACGAAUUCAAAAGGCCACAGGGUUGAAGGAUCAGCCUGUGACAACUCUCGCCGCCGGCAACAAGAUGUUUUACAAGAGCGGUGCCCAGGUAUAUCCCUUUGUCGAGUAGAUCAGCAGUCGGUGGUGUCAAUACUUUCUAAAAGUGUGAAGACGUGGAUGGGGUAACUUUUGAAAAGACUUUCAAGAUGGUGAUUCACGAACGAGCAACAACGGACGUUUUCCCAGUGAGGUAUCCAGGGACGGAUUGGCUGCAUUGUGAUAGCUGCCAGCGACUCGCACCGGCUGCCCGCCCUUUUGGGACGACCAUGUCUCGAACAAAAGCCGCGUGUCUGAGGAAACCCAGUUUUUCCGAACAAUCACAUCAACCAACCAUUUUCUCUCGUUGUGAUCUCGUUUGCUUUUAUCCUAGAGUUCAUAGAGAUUUAGAUCUAUUUUUGUAACCGU